UGGGUGUACGUGCUGCACCCCACACCUGAGCUCUGGACACUGAACCUGCCACACCGCACCCAGAUCCUCUACUCCACCGACAUUGCCCUGCUCACCAUGAUGCUGGAGCUUCGGCCAGGCUCUGUGGUCUGUGAAUCGGGGUCUUUCUGGGGGUGCUGACCGCAGGGAGUGAGGGCAAAAGCAAGGAAGCCGGUUAGGAGACUGGUGCUGUACUCUGUGUGAGAGUUGAUGGGACUGGACCAAGGCUAGCCCGCUGGAGGAGCUGGUGCCCAGGGGGGAUCCUACUUGUCUAGGUGGGGUGGGGGGUGUGAGCGCUGCUCGGCGCUGACCAAGGGCAGAGGGUGCCUGGCCUGGCCGUCCCUGACUGCUGCGAAUGGGAGCCCCAGGCCCAGGGCUGAGAGUGCCCCUUCCUGGAGGGAGGCCAGGGCUGCUUCAGGGUGCUCACUGUGGGUGAGGAGCCAGCCCCGUGCUCAUCCCAGGCCAGCACCAUUGUCCCUGAGCCCAGAGCCUAGAGUGCAGAUGGAAGUGCCUGAAGGCAGCUGUUCCCAGCCUCUGCACAUGUGUGCGUCCGCGUACACACACACACGCAGGUGCUGGGGAUUGAAGCAUGCACCCUAGCCAAGAGCAGCCCAGGCCCAGGUGUGCCUAGAUUUCCAGCAUGUUUUUCGUGGGCCGGGCAUCUGGGUUCCAAAGUCACGAAGAGUUCCCCGUAGCGCUGCUGCCAACAUUUGGAGGCUUCAAGCCAUCUGCAUCCCUCUCUUUGUCCACAUGGAGGGCCUCAGUUUCUCCAUGUGGACAAUUGGAUGGUUCUUUUUGCCCAGCCAAGCACUUUGAAAUGGGGAGAGUCAGAUGCAGAGCUUGGGCAGUGAGCGGGUCAGAGAGUGGGUGGGGCCUGGGCAGAGGCUGACUGCUAGGCACCAGGGCAGCUGGGGGGUGGACGGGAUUCAGGGCCAGCUCAUCCCCUGCUUCCCCCUGUGCAUCCGCAGCCAGGGCCUCGCUCCACUCGGCUGAAAAGUGCUGUCGGCGAGCGUGCUUCUGGGCUCCUCUGAUGCGCCAGCUUCCCUUCUAGGAACCGUGGCUACAGCCGUGACCAGACAGACCAAGUUUCUGCUUCUCAAAGGGGACAGACAGGAAGCCCACUGUGACCGUUACGGUGUUGUUGAUUGCUGGGGGGCUUGGGGAACAGGGCUGCGUGUUUGAGGGUGACUCAGAGAGGGGUCCCUCCAGCUAGGGGUGUCAGGGAGGACCUCUCUGAGGAGGGAGAAGUGAGUUGAAUGUGGUUGAAUGUGAUGGGAAGGUGGUACCAAGAACCAAAGGGGAGGGUCACCCCAGGGAGAGUCUUGCAGAGACCCUGCGCGAGGGGCCGUCAAGGAGACCAGCGUGGCAGGAGCAGGGAUGAGGUCAGGGAGGAAGGGGGUGCUGCUCGGGAGUCACGAGGAGUCCGACUCCGCCGUGCGUGGAAAGGGCAGAGGCCUGGUCUGACCGCGGGGAGAGAGAAUCCGCGGCUGUGUUGAGGUGGACUGAAGGCGGGGGUCAGGGGCUGUUACGGGGAGCCGGGAGCGGGGCCCGGGCGGGCACGGCAGGCAGGUGGGGAGAAGGGCUCCCAGAGAGAUGGGGGAGGAGGUGCAGGAGUUACCUGUGGGGAAGGGGAGGGCUCCUCCGAGGCGUCUGGCUGGGCAGUCAUGUCACCAGCUGGUUCGGGAGGCUUGGCAGGGAGUGGAUUUGGGCUGGAUCGGGUCCAGCUCUGCACCUGUAAAUGCUGGGCGCUGUUUGCGGUCGCGGGGGAGGUGAUCGGUGUGCAGUGGGCGCCCGGGCGUCUUCGUGAGGCCUGGCACCUGGAGCAGCGAGGUGGGGGAAGGUCACGGGGGGUGACCGGAGGACGCAGGCCCGGCUGGACACUGCAGGACAGGAAGGCUGGCAGAGGGGCAGCCGUGAAGGAAGCUGAGGAGUGGCCCGUGAGGCUGGGGGAAAACAGAGACGAUAACGUGGGGGGCACAUUGGUCACCGUGUCUCUGGUCGUGCAAGGCACCGGCAGCGGCUCCGUGUCGCACGCCAUCAUCCGCACCAUCGCACCCACGGGCCACCUGCACACGGUGGAGUUCCACCAGCAGCGGGCGGAGAAGGCUCGGGAGGAGUUCCAGGAGCAUGGCGUGGGCCGAUGGGUGACCGUGCGCACCCAGGACGUGUGCCGCAGCGGCUUCGGCGUGAGCCGCGAGGCGGACGCUGUCUUCCUGGACAUCCCCUCGCCUUGGGAGGCCGUGGGCCAUGCCUGGGACGCCCUGAAGGUUGAAGGCGGGCGCUUCUGCUCCUUCUCCCCGUGCAUCGAGCAGGUGCAGCGCACGUGCCAGGCGCUGGCGGCCUGCGGCUUCUCGGAGCUCAGCACCCUGGAGGUGUUGCCCCAGGUCUACAACGUGCGCACCAUCAGCCUGCCCGCGCCCGACCUGGGGGCCAGUCCGGGCCCCGACGCCGGCCCCUUCCGCAGCGGCAUGCCCAUGAAGGAGACCGUGGGCCACACUGGCUACCUGACCUUUGCCACCAAGACCCCGGGCUAGUGAGCCGCCUGCAGGAGCUCCAGGGAGCUGGGAGCACCGCGGGGCCGGACGGGGAGGCGAAGCUCGGCCAGAGGCUGCCUUAUAUGGUCAGCGGGUGCCAGCCGGGGCCUGUGUUUAGAAACCGACGGACGCGGGGUGGGGCGGGGCCGGGGGCCUCCCGGGCGGCUGAGUGGGGCUGCCACGGUGGAACAGCAUCCGGCCCCCGGGGAGGGAGGCCUCCCGCCCACGUCACCGCCGUGGUCAGCGUCCCCGUCCUGCUGCUCUUUGUUGCCACUCACCGUCUCCACUGCCGUAGGCUCUCCUGGAUGUUGAGGCCCGAGAGUGCAGGUGGCGGGGUGCAGGUCUGACCCUUCCCAGGUGGCCCCAAACGAGGAGGGAGGAAACGGGGGUUGCAAAGACCCGGAGGAGGAGGGCCAGGGACCCCCAUGGUCCAGCUGCCCGGCAUCUGAGGCGACCCCGCUGUGUGGCCUCAGGUCUGACCCCACCCCUCUGGGCAGUGCACAGGCCGCGUGGGCAUGUCCCCAGAUUCCCGCUGGCGAAGGGCCGGGGCAGCCCCACUGAUUCGCUUCUGCCUCCGGGAAGUACCUCUGUGGCCCUGGCCCAGCCAGAGCCCUCUCGUGUCGAUGCGUGUGAACACGCAGCGUCAUGUAGGGAAGAGCUGGGCAGGGCAGGAACAUGCUUCCGGUGGCUGGCCAGUCGGGUCAGAGCCACUCGGUGCCCCUGCCGCUCACAGGAGCCGCAGGGAUGUGGGGAUGGGGGCGUGCACCCAGGAUGGAGGGGGCGACGCCAACCCUGCCCUGGCCUGCUCUCCAGCUCUGGUGCACGGCUGGCAUCCCUCCCGCCCUGCUGCUCGAAGGGCCUGGGUGCCUGCCCUUGGCCUCAGCCAGCCGUCAGGAGACUCGGUGACCCCAGGUCAGCGCGAGAGCCCCAGGGUACCGGGCUGGCCUGAGGCUGGUCCCCGACCACCCCUGGCAGAGAAAUAAAACACUGUUGCCCCUGC